AUGGCUACCCCUUCUCCUUCGUUGGCUAAGGCCGUGACCGCAAAGAACCCUGAGGGUAUUGACCUUUAUGCUCGCUUCGCGCUUGCUGGCGCAUUGGGUUGCUCCAUCACACAUGGUGGUUUCACUCCUCUUGAUCCUGCUACCUACAACCGCGGCACCAUCGCUACCUUCCGCCAGGUCAUCCAGAAUGAGGGUGCCGGUGCUCUCUUGACCGGUGUUGGUCCUACCUUUGCUGGUUACUUCGUCCAAGGUGCCUUCAAGUUCGGAGGUUACGAGUUCUUCAAGAAGCAGUCGAUCGACUACCUCGGUCUCGAGACUGCCAGAGCCAACCGUGGUAUUGUCUAUGCCGUCUCAGCUGCCAGCGCCGAAUUCUUUGCUUCCGUUGCCUUGUGCCCUCUCGAAGCUACCCGUAUCCGUCUCGUCUCUACUCCCGGAUUCGCCAAUGGUUUGGUCGGUGGUUUCAGCAGAAUCUUGAGAACCGAGGGUGCUGGUGCUUUCUACUCAGGGNUUCCUUACACUGUCACCAAAUUCCUCGCUUUCGAAAAGUUCUCCGAAGCCAUCUUCAACUCGAUGGGCGACAAGUCCAGCCUCAGCUCCGGCACAGUCACAAGUGUCAACCUCGGCGCUGGUCUCCUUGCCGGUUUCGCCGCUGCCAUCGUCUCCCAACCCGCUGAUACCAUGCUGUCCAAGAUCAACAAGACUAAGGGUUUGCCUGGUGAGAGCACCGCAUCGCGUCUGGUCAAGAUCGCUGGCGAAUUGGGCCUUCGUGGUUCCUUCGCUGGUCUGCCUACAAGAUUGGUCAUGGUCGGUGGUCUGACUGCCGGUCAAUUCGCCAUCUACGGUGACAUCAAGAAGGCUCUUGGUGCUACCAACGGUGUCGAGAUUGCAAAGUAG